AUGGAACUGAAUAGAUUUCCAUCAAUCUUCGUUUUAUCAGCGUUUCUCUUUCUGGGAUUCAUUUACUAUGUAACAGUAUUCAUUUUUAUAGAAGAUUGGUUGGGAUUACAGAGCUCAGCUGGCACCUUGAAUGCUCUGGUCGUCACUUUUUUGGCCUCUCUCUGUGCUUUCUCUUUCUGUGUAUAUCAAGAAACCAAGAAAACUGGUGUGCAUCGGAUGCAGUGUGAUAAGUGUUCCACACACAGGCCUCCAAGGGCUCAUCAUUGCCGUGUCUGCAGAAGGUGUGUUCUGAAGAUGGAUCACCAUUGUAUCUGGAUUAAUAAUUGUGUGGGCCAUAGAAACUACAAGUCGUUCCUCGUCUUAAUCUUUUAUGCAACUGUGGCAAGCACCUAUUCUGCGACUAUGAUCAUAAGCUGUGUACUUCAGAAUGAUUGGGAUUCUAGUCGAAGCCUUCCUCUCAAGAUCUUUUAUGUUGGUUGUGGAGUAAUGAUUGUUGGGUUAAGCCUAACAUUUGGAACUUUCUUGUGCUGGCAUAUUUACCUCACUGCUCAUAAUAUGACAACCAUAGAGUAUUAUGAGGGAAAACGAGCCGCUUGGCUGGCUAGGAAAUCUGGGCUGAGCUAUCACCAUCCUUUUGAUGUUGGUGUUUACAAAAAUAUCACCCUGGUCUUAGGCCCAAACAUGCUAAAAUGGCUGUGGCCCACAUCAUCAAGUCAUAUCAAAGAUGGGCUUAACUUUCCAAAAGAUCUUCUUAUUGAUCAAGGAUCAUCACUGAUCUCAAUUGAAGCUUUUAUAUCCUCCAGAGGCAAGCCCUGGGGGGAGCAUGGUGCACCUCGCCGCCUCAAAGACCAGCCCCUAUGGGAGGUCAGGCACGAGCAAACCAGCACUCGCUGA